AUGGGGAUGGAGAGUAAGCCAGGUGCGAGCUUAGCAGGGACUGGGCUAGCAAGACUACGGUCGAUAGGUCUCUCAACAUUGGCGAAGGAGACACGUGGAAGAUCGGCAUUUUUGCUGGGUGGGCUGUUGGAUGUUGAGUGCAUCAGGACGUCAUCCUCUGGCAUUGCUAAGGACGCUUUCUUCGCUGACUGCUUCAACAUCAGGCUGACGACGCUCAUCGCUAUAGACAUUCGCCAGGAUGACUAA